AUGAUUUUUGUAGCCGUUGUGUCGUUUUUAUUAUGCAUUAUUAUUUAUCAAUGUUAUUCAAGCAAUUUAGAUGCUGAAUGUCGUAGUGAGUUCCAUAAUAUGUUGCUGGAAAAUGAUGGAAGUGGAGGAGGAUGUUUGACAAAGUGUUACAACAAAGAAACGUCGUGUGAAGCAAAAAUAUCAGCAGCUCGACAGAUACAAUUAAUAGGAAAGUUUCAUACAUAUAGAUCGUUGUUGCAAUUCAAUCAAACAAUUACAAUUGGUGGUCAUAUGACAAUUUCGGGUUUAGAAACGUAUUAUAGACGUGAAUGUGAUUUAAAAGGAUUUAAAAAAUGUGAAAAAACUGAAUGGUUGAAUGAUAAACGAUGGUGUUUCAAUAUCACACAGGAAGAUCAACUAUUGAAACUCAGUCAAAGUGUUUUAAAAACGCAACCAUCCAUGAAACGUGUUUCACCAAUUGUCGAUGAAAAUUGGAAAUUGUUACCCUUUCCAAAUUUAUUUAAUGUUACAAUCUUAAGUGUUAAAUCAUUAGAAUCAUGCAAUAAAACUCGACAACCAAUAGCAUGUCAUAUGAUGUUGGAAAACGAUUGCUUAUUUUAUAUGUGUCAUACAAACAAUGAAACGAAGUUAAUACAAUUGACAAUUAAAUAUGAGCAAUUAACUGUUGAUUUAAUCAUGAUGUGUCAUUUAGAAUCAAUUACACAUUAUAUGCUUGGAGAUCGAAUAUAUCGUAUGUUGAAACAAAAUGGCGGUCAAGAUACUAUAUGUCAUUUUGCUAAUCCACAAACAAAUUUUUUUCUUUGUGAAUAG